AUGGUGACAGAGGAAGGCUGUCAUUAUGUGUCUUCAGCUCUGAGUUCAAACCCCUCACACCUGAGAGAGCUGGAUCUGAGCUACAAUCACCCAGGAGAUUCAGGAGUCAAGCUGCUCUCUGAAAAACUGGAGGAUCCAAACUGCUCACUGGACAAACUCAAUGUGGAUCAUGGAGGAGAGUUCAGGAUUACAGCAGGACUACACAAAUAUGCCUGUAACCUCACACUGGAUUCAAACACGGCAAACAAUCAUAUAAUUCUGUCUGAAGAGAACAGAAAGGUGACAUAUGCAGAAGAGAAUCAGUCAUAUCCUGAUCAUGCAGAGAGAUUUGAUAGGGCAUCUCAGGUUCUGUGUAGAGAGAGUCUGUCUGGACGCUGUUACUGGGAAGCAGAAUGGAGUGGAAAAGCUCAUAUAUCAGUGGCAUAUAAAGGAAUCAGCAGGAAACAAGGGAAUCGUGACUGUAUGUUUGGAUUGAAUAGAAAUUCCUGGAGUCUGAUCUGCUCUGAUGACAAAUUCCUUGCCUCUCACAAUAAUCAUACAAUUGACACCUGUGUCUCUUCACGCUCUUGUAGGAGAGUAGGAGUGGAUGUGGAUGUGUCGGCCGGCACUCUGUCCUUCUACAGCAUCUCUGACACACACAAACUCACACACUUACACACAUUCAACACCACAUUCACUGAGUCUCUCUGUGCUGCAUUUAGGUUGAUGGUUUAUAACUCUUCAGUGUCUCUGUGUCAGACUGAAAAGCCUGUGAGCAGCAACAGAGACAUCACACACACACCUGUUUAA